AAUUGGUGCAGGAAGAAAGCUAGACUGAAGGCUGCAGCCUCUUGUUUGUACGCCUUUAGUACCUGGGCAUCUAUAGCCCAUAGGGGCUGAUGAGCUUGUGAGGUUUUUUUUUAGAGAAGUCUUGGAAUGCACUUUCUUUCUCUCCUGUAGAUUGUCUUAUUUCCUUGGCAGAGUAGCAAUAAUGUCUUUUUAUACUUUUUUAAAUUAUCCAAAGCAUGGAUUCUGUCAGGCUGGAUGGAGGUCCCUGUAGAGUAUGGCAGCCCUGCUCUUUAAACAGCCGUAAGGUUUUCAGCUGGAAGGCAUAGCUCGCGAUUCUUGCUUCUCUUCAGUCUGGGGACAAGUGUACUGCUCUAAUAGUGAAGGUUCAUGGGGUUUUUUUCUUUCAGAUACUGAUGUAAAUAUAAAUGAUUUUGAAAGAUUAGUUUUCUUCUGGGUUCUCUUGUGAUGGAGAACAGGGAUUUUUUUCUUUUUUUUUCUAAUUUUUUUUAUUUUCUCUUUCAUCAGAGUACCUCUCGUGGUACACUUCAAAGACCGGUUGUCUCUUUGGCAGUUUUGGAAUAAAUCCCUAACUGCCCUGACCCUGGCUAGGUCUUUCUAAGGCUGAGCAGUGCUGCAGACUAUUUUUAGGGUUGUAAUGUGCCUUCUCUUAAGUCUUGGGUAACGGUUAGUGAGCAAGUGAUUAGCAAAGUUCUUGGUGAGUAUUACUUUCCUUUGCCAAAUUGAGCCUGCUUUGCCUUUUGUGUAGCAAUGUGGGUUGCUUCCUUUCCUUCUACUGAUUGCUUGCAAAGGAAUAAAAAUAAAAACAGACAAGGAAACUGCAGAUCUUGAGAGGAGGACAGAAGCUGAGUGCUCCAUCUGCAUGUUAACUCGCUACCACAAUUAGACAGCGAUGUGCUUUGAGGAUUUGGUACUGCUAAUGAGUCUUCUCUCAAGCAAUAGCAGGCAGUGGUCUUUGUCCCCAAAGCCCUGCUUGGGCAGGUGGCUUCCCCUGCCUCUAAAAGUGCAGAAGAUGGUGGUAGCCCCUGCACAGAGAGCUGCCUGUAUCAGAGGGGCUGCUGUUAGUCCGUGUAUGUGGAAGAUGUUCUUACAUGAGCACAUGUGGAAGAGAAGGGAUCAGGCUUGUUUAUUCACUGAAAACCCUUGACUGGCCCAAGUAGUUGGCUGGAGCGGCUUGCGGUGUCCUCUCCAGAACCCAGCUACAUUCAAAGCAAACAGCUGAGCCAUGCUGAAACCUCGCUUAGUCUCUUGACUUUAAGCUCUGGCUGACAACUAAAUUCCAUGGUCUGGAAUUAUAUUUUUACUGCAAGUGCUAUCAGCUUUGCUGUGGAGCUCAUAACUGGAGAGUAAAAUAAGAGUCUUGAAGGAAAUAUAAGCUCGGUGAGCUUUGCUGGCAAACUGAACCACCCAGGAGCUGUCAGAUGUCUGCUUGUUCCAGACUAAAGCUGGUAACAUUCCUGAUAACAUACUUGGAGGCUUGGCAUAGACUCCACAAGUAAACAUGCAUAAGCAGCACAGGUCUGCUAAGCACGCAAGUUUUACAACUCUUGAGUGUAACAAAGGCCAUGUUACACAGUAAGAUACACCCUGUCAGGUAAUGACUUGCUUUUACUGCUAAAAGUUGAGAACGUUUAUUGUACUGAUUUUUACCCCUUCCUUAACUCUUACACCUUACCUUCCACAGGUGAGUUGGAGAUCCUAUAUUCACUGUUUGUCUUCCAUAUGCUGUAGUACGCUCCUCCUCCCGAGUCACAGGCUGACUGGUGAACUGCUGUGCCCUACUUGGUUUGCUCUUCAGUAGAAGCUGGAAGAUAAAGUAUCUUAUCUUUUUGUUGUUGUUUUAACGGAGAAAAACUUUUUAGAGCAGAAGGAUUAAUAUUGUGGGGUUACUGACCAGCAUGAAGCUAGUAGAGUGGAGCAGGUGGUUUCUGGUCCCCACUGGUAAUGUAUUUGAGUGGUGACAGUAGUUUGUCCUAUGUUCAUUGCAUGAGGGUACAAACUUUUUCUUGGAUAAAAUAUAACUAAUACAAUUUCCCUCUGAUGGCCUUGGGCCCUCAGUAACCACCCUGCUGUGGUAUGCUACCAAAGUUAGAAGCCUUUCAGGUUGGGGUUUCAUCCCAAUGACACAAAGAUUAUUUAUUUUUUCUUAAAUACACCAAAAUGCUGUUUGCAGCUGCAUCCUCACCUGAGUACGGAGCAUAUGAUUGCACUGCUGUGCUCUGUGGAUCAGGUGAUGGCUAAACAUUUCUAUUCUGAUGGUCUUAGCAGCCCUGGAUUCCCCAGGGUAAGCCAAGGAGGCUCUAGCCCUGUGCUGUGGCCAUGGGCUUCCAGCCGUACGACAUGGGAACACCUAUACAGCCCCUCUCAUUUCAGUCUGACCUUCCUUAGAAGGACAGUGUUUGCUCUGUGGCAGUGUGUGUCGCUCUAGGUACAGACUGCACUUCUUGAUAGCUUUUUUUUUUUUAACUCUGUGGAGGGCUGGGGCAGAGAUAGACAACUGAAACAACCAAAGCUGGGGAAGGGGGAACGCUUAUAACCUUGGAAUCCUAAACUCAGGUCUUAGAUUGCAUUGGGAUCUGUUCCCAGCGAGUACCGUAGGGAAGGAGCUGUUUCUCUUGAUGUGCAAAUAGGUAGCGAGUGUACGUAGUCCACUCCUGUCUCGACAUCUGUCUGUUUACCCUGCUUUGUGUUUCUAGUUCUGAGACAGAAAGCUUUUUAUCUGCUCUGGACUCUUCUUAUGUCACUGUUUCCAAAAUACAAGUGGUAGAUACAAAUCUAGCAGUUAAAAGGCUAGGCCUGGCGGAGGAGGAGGAAGUAAAAAGCAUAAAGAGGUCGGUAAAAGCUGUUUUUUUUUCUGAGGCCCUGUUCAGCAAGACAUUUGUGCGAGUGCUCCCGCUGCGAUCAGGUGCAUGCGCGUCCCGUGCCGCUUCAGGUCGUACGCAAGCAGGUUUCUUGGGCCUGUUCUCUACAGAGGGUGGGGGUCGAGGUGGUGGCAUUUCAUGAAUGCAAAUAAAGAUCUGAGAAAGCUCUUAAUACAGCGGCAGGUGGCUCCGCAGAGGAGACGUGCGCCUGACCUAUGCGUAACAGUAAAAAGGGAGAAAUGGACUGAAGAGCCACCAGCUCGCUGCUCUUCUCAGGAUCUGCACCACCCGCUCCUCAGCCCAGGAAGAAGAUCUGGAGCCAAGCCCCUGCAGAUGGGUGAGGAGGCAUCUCCUGCUUCUGUGUGUAUCCUUUCUUUUGCAAAGCCACAAUAAACACUGAUCGAGGUGGACGAGAGGAGCAGCAGCCUUUCCGUUCUCCCUAGAAGAGCGUGCGAGGAUGGUGGAGCAUGUGCUGAUGAGACUCUCCUUGUUCUCCUGUGUGACUGUUCUGUAGCGAGGCCUCAGCUGUGAACCUGUGGACGUCUCCACUCCUGAUCUGGCUCUGGAGGGCCAUGCUGUCCUGUUGGUCUGUCUCCGCUUGCUUCAGGCAAAAUAGAUUGAUGUUAGCUCAGGCCCCGAUAAUCCCCCAAGCGUGACUCCGGCCAAGCGACAACAUCCCUGUUUAAUCCCCCCGUCUCCCUGCAAAGCCGGCGCUGCCAAGGAUGCUCCCAGCACUGGCAUGGCACGCUCUGCCGGCACGGGGACCGGACCCUGGGGAAGGCUGCGAAGGCUGCGAUGCUGUUUAAGGAGCUUUUCCAAGAGGGGAUUGCAGGCUCGGGAACGGCCUCCCCUUCCCAUGAAGCAGAAGAGAUGGAUGCGCAGCACUCCCAGGGUGGGGGGGCUCAGGCAUUUUGUCCCUUUGCCUGGUCCUCCCUGCUCAGCAGUCACAGCAGCAAUGAUUAAUAAAACCUGACUCUGCUGGAAGGGCAAGAGAAAUCUGAAAUACAGAGGAUUUCUGAAGAACAUCCUAAUCCGAUGUCUCUGAGACAAAUGAAUCAGCAGCGUCUUAUUCCACCCAGCGGGAUUAAUCAGCGUUCGACCAGGCUCCAGGAAAGUGAGGUUGGCCACGAUGGGCUCAGUGGGAGCUGAGCGCUUCAAGGAGCUGAGCCCGGCAGGGACGCCGGAGGGCAACGUGGUGAUGAGCUUCAGCUUCGACAGCUACCAGCUGGAGGAGGACGAGCUCCAGCGGGGCAGCCAGGCCAAGGGCAUCCUCACCUUCAUGGAGCCGGUUUCUGAGGAUCCCGAGCCCCAGGAUCGAUAUCAUGGGAUUUACUUUGCCAUGCUUCUGGCCGGGGUGGGAUUUCUUCUGCCAUACAACAGCUUUAUCACCGAUGUGGACUACCUGCACCAUAAAUACCCAGGGACCUCCAUCGUCUUCGACAUGAGCCUCACCUACAUCCUGGUGGCCUUGGUGGCCGUCAUCCUCAACAACGCACUGGUGGAGCUGCUGAGCUUGCACACGCGGAUCUCCGUGGGCUACCUCUUCGCCCUGGGGCCCCUGCUCUUCGUCAGCAUCUGCGACGUCUGGCUGGAGCUCUUCACCCGCAGGCAAGCCUAUGCCAUCAACCUGGUUGCCGUCGGGGUGGUGGCCUUUGGCUGCACAGUGCAGCAAUCCAGCUUCUACGGCUACACGGGGCUGCUGCCCAAGCGCUACACACAGGGGGUGAUGACGGGCGAGAGCACUGCCGGGGUCAUCAUCUCACUCAGCCGCAUCUUCACCAAGCUGCUGCUGUCGGAUGAGAAGGAGAACACGGUCAUCUUCUUCUUCAUCUCCAUUGGUAUGGAGCUGACGUGCUUCAUCCUCCACCUCCUGGUGAAGCGUACUCGCUUCGUCCGCUACUACACCGCCUGCUCCUGCAAGGGUGUCCCCGAACCCCGGGGGGUUGGUGACCAUGGGACAGGCUACCGUGUCCACCAUGAUGUCACUGCUGAGGAUGUCCGAUUUGAGAACCGGCCACAGGGGCAGCCGAGCUCCCCCCGGGGCAGCCCAGGCCCCGAAGCUGAGCUGGCUGGCAGUGGCACCUACAUGCGCUUUGACGUCCCUCGGCCCAAAAUCAAGAGGAGCUGGCCCAGCUUUAGAGACAUGCUGCUCCACCGCUACGUCGUGUCCCGGCUCAUCUGGGCCUACAUGCUCUCCAUCGCUAUGACCUACUUCAUCACGCUGUGCCUCUUUCCUGGGCUGGAGUCAGAGAUCCACAACUGCACGCUGGGGGAAUGGCUCCCCAUCCUCAUCAUGGCCAUCUUCAACCUCUCCGACUUCGUCGGCAAGAUCCUGGCUGCCCUGCCCUACGACUGGAGAGGGACCCACCUCCUCAUCUACUCCUGUCUCCGUGUCGUCUUCAUCCCCCUCUUCAUCAUGUGUGUCUACCCCAAUGGGAGGCCCACCUUUGGCCACCCUGCCUGGCCCUGCAUCUUCUCUCUCCUCAUGGGCAUUACCAACGGCUACUUUGGCAGCGUCCCCAUGAUCCUGGCUGCUGGGAAAGUGAGCCCUGAGCAGCGGGAGCUGGCAGGGAACACCAUGACCGUGUCCUACAUGACAGGCUUAACGCUGGGCUCGGCCGUGGCGUAUUUUGCCUACAGCCUCACCAGUACAUCCCACAGUACCUGUUUCUACACCGAAACCUCCAACGGCUCCUUUACGUCAGGGUACUGAGCUCUGGAGCGGGGCGACGGGGACAAGAUGGGACCUGCUUCCCACCAUGGUCCCCACCGCCCCGCUUGGCCCAUGUCCCUCCUUGGGGAGGGAUCCCAGAGCCAGAAAGCUGCUCCAGGGCAGACAGAGACCGGCAUCCUGUUGGCACAGGGCUGUGGCAUCCCAAAAUGGCCCGUGCCACCCAGCAAGGGCCACUUCUUGGAGUG